ACCUCUUCUGGGUUCAUCUAUUGCUGCUCCCAAUCCGCUAGUUUCAAAAGGGGUUGUUUUGCUUUAUCAUCAUCCAACAGUACUAAAGUUGGUGUUACUACUGAAAGUGAAAGAGUACUUCAAAACAAUGCCCCUCUAUUGGAUUCCAAAGCUCAUAACAAAGGCGGGAUAGUUCAACCUGACUCUGGCAAAGGCAGGGUAAUGCUAAUUGAUGGAACAUCUGUUAUAUACCGAGCUUACUACAGGCUUCUUGCUAAACUGCACCAUGGUCACCUUCCCAAUGCUGAUGGCAAUGGGGAUUGGGUCCUAACUAUAUUUACAGCAUUGUCACUUAUCAUUGACGUAUUGGAGUUUGUUCCAUCACAUGUAGUGGUCGUUUUUGACCAUUAUGGACUUCCAUUUGGUCAUACAUCUCCUACACCGAACCAAAAUCUUAUUGCGAAAGGCCUCAAUUUUCGUCACAACAUUUACCCUGCAUACAAAAGCAAUCGCCCUCCUACACCUGAUACCAUUGUUCAAGGACUUCAGUUUCUGAAAGCAUCCAUAAAAGCAAUGUCCAUCAAAGUCAUUGAGGUCCCUGGGGUGGAAGCUGAUGAUGUAAUUGGGACAUUGGCUGUUAGGAGCGUGGAUGCUGGUUACAAGGUUCGAGUUGUCUCUCCAGACAAAGAUUUUUUCCAGAUUUUAAGCCCUUCAUUACGUCUUUUGCGCAUUGCUCCUCGUGGGUUUGAGAUGGUCUCAUUUGGGAUUGAGGAUUUUGGUAAGAAAUACGGAGGUUUGCAGCCUUCACAAUUUGUUGAUGUUAUCUCACUUGUAGGUGAUAAAUCAGAUAAUAUACCAGGAGUCCAUGGGAUUGGAGACGUUCAUGGUACACAGCUUAUCAUGAAAUUUGGUACACUUGAAAACUUGCUGGAUUGUGUUGAACAAGUUGAGGAGGACAAAAUCAGGGAGGCAUUGAUAUCAGAUGCUGAUCAGGCUAGACUAAGCAAGAAUCUGGCAAUGUUACGCUGUGACCUUCCAUAUUAUAUGGUUCCUUUUGCUCCAAAUGAUCUGCUAUUUAGGAAACCAAAUGACAAUGGGGAAAAAUUUACAAGCCUAUUAACAGCUAUAAGCGCUUAUGCUGAAGGAUUUUCAGCAGAUUCCAUCAUCCGAAGAACAAAUUAUCUAUGGAAAAAGCUGGAUAGGCAAUAAAUGUAAUAGGCUUGGCCCCACUAUCAAUUGAAGAUAAAAGUUCUAGACUUCAAAAUUGUUGUAUAAUUCACAUACUUAUCUAUUUUCUGAGUAGUGAAUUAGUUACACAGACAAAAUUUCAAGACUGUGCAAUACUUGUGAUCUAAAAGACCACCCUGUGAAAAUGCACUCAAAAGUUAGAAGUAGGGUAACACAUUGUCCCAUUUGUCCGGUACCAGUCCUGUGUCCUGAAGUCUACAAAUGGGAAGGGCGCAAUAUGAAAUAAAGUAUGGGUUUCAGGUUC